ACAGGUUUGAGUACAGACGCGGUGAAAAGGCAGGGGCCACAAAGCACAGCUCGGGGGAAAGUAAGGUUUUUAUCGUUGACUUAUAAAUCAACAAUCAAAAUGAAUACACCGUGCGCCCGCUGUGGUUUCGGGGUUUAUCCCGCGGAGAAAGUAGUUUGCUUGGAUCAAACAUGGCACAAGUCUUGUUUUCAUUGUGAGGUCUGCAAAAUGAUUCUAACAGUUAACAAUUUUAUUAGCCAUCAGAAGAAACCUUAUUGUCAAGCGCACAACCCCAAAGUCAACAAGUUCACCAGUAUACUUGACACUCCUCUGAACGUGAACGUAAAGAAACAAAGCGAAUCUAGUGAGAUUAAGUACCGCGAGGAAGCCGAAAAAUUCAAAUCAGUGUUUCAGUGGGAUAUAAAAUCAAAGCAACUUGAGCAUGCCUGUAAUAUUGGACAACUUGCCAGUAAGGUGCAAUAUACUAAAGACUGGAAUGAAACGAAGGGAUCAUAUCACUUACCACCAGGCAUUCUUCAAGCACGGAACAAUCUGGAUCUGAUCAGUGAGAAAGCUUACCAAGCUACGUAUGGAGGAGGUAACAGUUGGUAUUCUGCUGCAAGUCAAGAGGUUGUACAAGUUCCCCUGGCAGAAAAAGUAAUCAGUAAGUUUCAACAUAAUGAAGAAUACGAGAAGGACAUUGAAAAACAAUGGAACCAAGCAGCAGGUGCUGAAGUGGCCAUGAAAAGAGAGAAUUCACUGAAGUACACACAGCCGGAGUUCUCUGCUGAGUUUGAGGACGUGAAGGGGAAAGGGAGUUUCCCUGCAAUGAUCACACCAGCAUACUAUAGUGCCAAGAGAGCCAAUGAUCUUGCAAGUGACAUAAAAUACAAGAAAGACCUUACACAGAUGAAAGGAUCAGCUCAAUACCACACAAUGACAGCUGAAGAGAACUUAACCAUGAAACGUGCCCAGGAAGUUAACAAGCUUGUCAGUGAGAUUGGGUACAAGAAGGACCACGAGUCAUCUAAGGGUCACAGCAUUAACUACUGUGAGACACCCCAAUUCAAGAAUAUUGCUAAAAUAUCUAAAUUUACAAGCAAUCUCAAGUACAAAGAAAACUACCAAAACCAGGUGAAAGGUCACUAUGAAGGCGUUGGCAUGGAUAGGCGCACAAUGCAUUGUAUGAAAGUUGGAAGUUUGGCAAGUGAUAGGAAGUACAGAGGUGGCUUGGAAGGGGACAAAAUGCUUUGCUUUUACCCAGCUGACAUCACAGCUUCGUAUGAGACAAUGAAGAAACUGGUCCCAUUAAAAGAUAUGUACUACAGGCAGCACGCAGAGAAGCUGAACUACACAUCGGUAACAGACACUCCUGAGAUUGUUCGAGCAAGGACUAAUGCACAGCAGCUAAGUAAUUUAAAUUAUCGAGCGCAGUACGAAAAGACUAAAACCAAGUACACGUUGCCUCUUGAAGUACCACAGCUAGUUAAGGCCAAGGCUAAUGCUGAUCUUUACAGUGAUGUCAAAUACAAAGAGCUCUGGGAGAAGAAUAAGGACAAAGGGUUCCAAGUGAAGCUGGAUUCGAUUGCUCUUUUAGCUGCUAAAACCUCUGGGGAUUUGGCAAGUGAUAUAAAAUACAAAGAGGCAUAUGAGAAAAGCAAGGGCAAAGCAAUGAGAAGCAAAGUGUAUGAUUCGAAGACUCUGCAUUCUCUGCGGGUUUCCAAGAUGAGCAGUGAGGUAGCAUACAAGAAGAGCUUUGCAGAGACGUGUAAUAGGUUCCACCUGCCGUUGAACAUGGUGAAUCUGACUCAUGCCAAGAAAGCCCAGGCUUUGGCCAGUGACUUGGACUAUAGAACGAGGCUUCAUGACUACACACUGUUGCCUGAAGAUAUGAAGCUGAAAUGGGCAAAGAAAGCCCAUGGCCUACAGAGCGAGAGUAAGUACAGAGCAGACCUGACAUGGAUGAAAGGAGUAGGGUGGGAGGCAGAUCAAAGUCUGGAUGUGGAGCAUGCGAAGAAAGCUGGAGAUAUUCUGAGUGAGAAAAAAUACAGACAGAGAGUUGAUGCGUUAAAAUUCACCAGUGUGGCAGAUACUCCACAGAUUAUUCAUGCUAAGAAGAGCCAAGAUUUGCAAAGUGAUCUAACAUACAAGGCAGUGGGUGAACAGAGUCUUCAUCAGUACAGCAUCAGCAAAGAUGAGCCAUUGUUCAUGCAAGCCAAGGCUAACGCUCAGUACUUAAGUAAUAAAAUCUACAAGAGUCACUGGGAGGCAGAGAAAGACAAAAGCUUUGAACUGCGGCUAGAUACUAUAGCCAUCCUGGAAGCUAAGGCAAAGAGAGAUCUUGCAAGUGAUCUGAAGUACAAGGAGGAACAUGAGAAGAUAAAAGGCAAGUUGAUUGGGGUGAAGGAGGUUGCAGGUGACUCUCAGCUGGCCCACUCCAUCCAAGCCUCAAAGCUGCAGAGUGAUCUGGAGUACAAAAGGAAAUCGGAGGCAACCAAGACAAAGUUCCAUCUCCCAAUGGAUAUGCUGGAAUUAGUGCGUGCAAAAAGGGCGCAGAGUCUGGCCACUGACAUGGGCUACAAACACCGAUUCCACCAGUAUACCGUCCUACCUGGAGACAUGAAAACAGAAUGGGCUAAAAAAGCGUAUGCUCUUCAAAGUAAUAACCAGUACAAGUCUGACUUGAAUUGGAUGCGUGGUGUUGGAUGGAUAACCAGUGGUUCUCUAAAUGCUGAACAAGCUAAAAAGGCAGGAGAACUGUUCAGUGAGAAAAAAUAUCGUCAAUAUCCUUGUAACUUGAAAUUUACGAGUGUUACAGACUCUCCUGAAAUGAUACAAGCCAAGAUUAGUUAUAACCAGGCUGUGGAUAGACUGUACAGAGAACAUGGAGAAAGUGUAAAACAUGACUACACACUGACAAAGGACCUCCCAGAAUUUCUGCAGGCUAAAGUUAAUGCAAAGAACAUCAGUGAGAUUCGCUACAAGGAGGCAUGGACAAAAUUGCGAGAUGGUGGAUACAAACUACAGUUGGAUGCUAUUCCAUUCCAAGCUGCCAAAGCUUCCCGAGAAAUUAUUAGUGAUCAUAAAUACAAAGAAGCAUUUGAGAAGACGAGAGGUCAGAUGGUUGGAACGCGAAAACUGGAGGAUGAUCUGAAUAUUUCUCAUUCGGUUCACGCAGCCAAACUCACCAGUGAUCUGAAGUACAAGGAUGAUUUUGAGAAGACAAAGACAGACUUCCAUCUACCAAUGGACAUGGUGAACUUGGUACAUGCUAGAAAAGCCCAGGCCUUAGCUAGUGAUCAGAACUACAAGAAUAUCAUUCAUCAUUAUACGACACUACCGAGUGACAUGAAGGUGCAUUGGGCGAAGAGAGCAUAUGAUUUACAGAGCGAGAAUUUGUACAGAUCUGACCUGAAAUUCAUGAGGGGAGUGGCUUGGAUUUCGACAGGGGCGUUGGGGAUUGAAAGGAUGAAGAGAGCGAGUGAUCUUAUCAGUGAGAAAAAUUAUCGACAGCAUCCGCAUUCACUAAGGUUUACGCAAGUGACAGAUUCACCCGAUCUGAUUCAUGCAAAACUCAGUAACAUCAUCGCCAACGAGCGCUUGUACAAAGCUGCAGGAGAAGAUGCACGACACCAUUACACUGCAGUGGUUGGUUCACCCGAAUAUAUUAGGGCACAGGUUAAUGCAGCCAAUUUCAGUGAGGUGAAGUAUAGACAAUCAUGGCUGAACCAGCAAGCUCUGGGGUACAAAUUGACCCUGGAAGCCAUUCCUUUCCAGAGCGCGAAAGCAUCCAGAGAAAUAGCAAGUGAUUAUCAAUACAAGAAUGCCUUUGUCAGGGCCAAGGGAAAGCAUAUUGGUGUGAGAAGCAUUCUGGAUGACCCCAAAAUGCUGCACUGCAUGCAAGUCGGCAAGUUACAGAGCGACAAGCUGUACAAGAAAGAAUCAAAAGAAAGCCAAACUCAGUUUCACUUACCAAUGGACAUGGUGAACCUGGUGCAUGCUCAGAAUGCCCAGGCUUUGGCCAGUGACUUGGGAUACAAGAAGUUGUUUCACUCAUAUACGAUGCUGCCAAGUGACAUGAAGACACAAUUGGCAAAGAAAGCAUAUAAUCAGCAGAGUGACGUACAAUAUAGGUCUGAUCUAAAUUUUCUCAGAGGUGUUGCGUGGAUGACUCAGGGAUCUCCGCAGAUCGAGACAGUGAAGAAGGCUGGCGCACUAAUCAGUGAGAAAAAGUACAGACAGCAUCCUGAUACCUUGAAGUUUACAAGUGUGACUGAUUCAGCAGACAUCAUCCAUGCUAAGACAAGCUACCUGCAAUGCAGCGAUAGAUUGUACCGAUCCAGAUAUGCACAGACUAUGCAUAGAUCUACAAUACCACCUGACCACCCUGAUUUCAAGCGAGCGCGAAUCAACGCCUACAACAUCAGUGAUAAAGCUUACAAGACAUCUUGGGAACAGAUAAGGGCAUUGGGUUAUGACCUUCGGCUGGAUGCUAUUCCGUUCCAGACCGCCAAAGCAUCCAGGGAAAUAGCCAGUGAUUACAAAUACAAGCAGGCGUUUGUGCAAGAGAGAGGACAACAGAUAGGCUGCCGCACUGUUGACGACGACAGAAAAAUGAGACAUUUCCUGGCUGCCAGUAGACUCCAGAGUGCAACUGAAUACAAGAGACAAUUUGAGGAGGGCAAAUCCAAGUACCGGAUACACAUGGACCAGCCUGGCUUUGUACAAGCUAAAAGAAGCCAGGAGCAAGCCAGUAAUAUUAACUACAGGCAGCACCUCCAUCAUUGGACAUGUGACCCGGAGCAACUGAACGUGAAGCAUGCUCGAGAAGCUUACAAACUACAAAGUGAUGUUGCAUACAAAUCUGACCUUAACUGGACUCGUGGGAUUGGUUGGACACCUCCAGGUUACCAUAAAGUUGAGAUGGCCAGGCGUGCUGCUAACAUGGCCUACGCACAAGGGCUGGACCCUCAGGAUGCUGCUGUUCAGUAUGAGAAAUUCAUGCGAGCUCAAGCAAACAGGAGUACAGAAGAAUUUCAGCGGACAGAUGUGAUGCCAGAUGCAACUGAAAUACUUCAAGCAAAAAGGUUCAAGAUGAAACUCAGUGAAAAAUAAAAUGCUCACAUGGCUAAUUGCUGUCCUACUUUUUAAAUGGCACAUUUUCCCGACAUUAUAUAUAAGCUACAUUUAAUUUUUAGUCAAAAACUUUGCAUACAUAAUUAAUGCACCUUCUGUACUACAAGGUACUUCUCUUUAUUAAUUUUCUAUUCAGUCAUGCAUUAAAUAAUUUUAAAUUGUAAUUUUUGUCUAAUUUAAGAAAACUAUGCAUUAAAGGUGAGA